GUUUAACGUGCAUUUCUAUCCAAAUCUAGUGCGCCUGCAACAUUAAAAUGCCGCAGGGGAAGAUAAAAAUUGUUUUACUUGUUUAUUUUGAUAUGUAAAUUUCUAUAUUUUAUUAGGUGGUGGCCUAAUAAAAAAGAGUGCGACACGCAUAUUAUAGGUCUAGUAUUCUUAACAUAUAAGCGCGCAGAAGCAUGAGCUGCUAAAAGUUCGAUAAAAGACAAAUGUGGCUUUUUUUGCCACAGGAUAUGCCGAUGGAACCGGCAAAUCCUUUUGAUCCAUUACUGCAUUCCGUGCGUCCUCCGGCGACUGCUGACAAAGUACAGCUGCACUUCGGCAGUGUGCACAAGCAUUUGUCGCUGGUUAAGACAAACGUCGCCGUUACUCUGACUAGCGAUUGCUAUUAUUUGUCCGUUAAUUUUGCAGUCGAUCACUAGCAUUUGUUGUUGUGAUUGUGCAGAAAACGCUGGUGUAGAGAUUACCUAUCCCGAGAUCAUGGAGCAUCUACGGAAGCCGGCCAACGAGAUGGCCUACCGGUUGGUGCGAGGGGCGCGGGAUAUCAUCGUGGAGGAGCGCGGCGAUGGUGCCAUCGAUAAUGUAGUGCUGUGUCCCUUCUCGUUUCUGACCGGCGUGGCCGGCGUUUAUUAUCAUGCGGCCAACGAGAUCUGCCGCAAUAAAAUGGAAGCCAAACUGGGAUUUCAGGAGCUCUUCCAGGGACACGGCAAAAAACGGGACGUCCUCAUGGCCUUCCGGGAAGCCAUGAUGCAGUUGUCUAAAGAUCCGCUGACCAAACGGCGUCGCGUCAGCGUGUAUCCCGGCGGCACGGAGGAACUCGAGCAGAAAUUCCGGGCCCCUUUCCACAUGUACUUCCUCCACAAGCUCCUGCUGCACAAGGCUCUGGAGACCAGUCCCGAAUACCUGCAGGACAUCAGCAAGUACCUGCAUGUUGAGCACGAAUUCGUCGACCUGAACACCGGCGAUCCGCGCCGGCUGCUGCUCGAUCUGGAGCGUUCUCUGGGCGAGGUAGACCAGACGGAACUGGACCCGGAAGUCCCGCUGGAGAUGGUCGACGCCGACUAUACCGGACUGCGUGCUUUCGUGGCCAAUGCGGCGUUCUACACCGCCCACUGGCAGGUGCCGUUCGACCGCAAUCUGACAUACUGGGGCAGUUUCUACACGGAGACCGGCGCUCUGCAACAAGCCAAGUUCAUGACACUAACCUACGAAUUCCCGUAUUACGAGGACAUGUCGAAGGAGUGCUGCAUGCUGGAGCUGCCGUACUACGAGAACAGCGCCUCCCUCAUCCUGGUUAUGCCCUGCGACUUCAACCGCCACGGCGACGGCAGCCACUAUAACAACAAACUGCGCCAUAAAUCCGUGGACGAUAUGACGCGCUUCCUCACCGUGGAAGACCGCCGGGAUUUCAACAUGCAUAAACGCAUGCGCACCGUCCAGCUGGCGCUGCCCAAAUUCUUCGUGCAGUGCACCUUCGGGAUUCAUUCGCUGCUGAAGGAACUCGGCUGCCAGGAUACCAUUAAGGACGACGCCGGUUACGAGCAGCUGAGUGGAAAUAAUGAACCGGUUAGGGUCGGUGAAGGCUUCCACAAGGCCGCUAUUGAAGUGGACGAGGACGGGACGUUUGUGGACCAGAAGGGCUCGCUGAAACUGACCUCCCCACCGGAUGUCUACGGCGGCAAGACCGACGGUCGUGACCAUCCCCACCAGUCGCACGAUUACGGACCGAAGCAGGUCAGCAAGAGCCCCAGCAGCAAGGAAAAGGUUCAUCUGGUCUUCGACCGGCCAUUCCUCUUCGAUGUUCGCCACAACCGCUCCGGACUGUUUGUCUUCUCCGGAUACAUUGCCUGUCCCUAAGGGCAUCUAAUUAAGCCUGUAUUGUCAUUGUGUGCACGAUACUGUAUUUCACGCUCAUCAGUCGACAGUACCUGAUUUUCAGCUGUUGUUAAAAUGUGUUUGCCGGCGCGGUCGGUGCUUUUAGCGACACCGCAAAUGAUUAAAUAUAGUAAAAAUAAUUAUUACGUUUAUUUUCGCUGCCCUUCGUGGGUCGUAUUAAAAUAACUCAGUGACGCUAAGU